AGCACGCGUACGUCGCACACACAGUGCAAUGGUAAAUACAUCUAUGACAUUAAAUAUAUUAUAUAGACUUUGAUGAUAAAGUUGUAACUUCAAAGUAUUUGUGUAUGAACAGUAUACAUAUUAUCACGGAAUAAUGACGUCGAAAGCAAAAGAAGGUGGAAGGAAAAGCCUUUCAUCUUGGGUGAAAUGCGAAAAAUGUCCAAGUAUUUUGAUGCAAAAAGAUAUAGAGGUACAUGCUGCUAAUUGUCCACCUAAUUUUGAAACCCAGAAUCCUAGCGUUGAAACUUGUCAGCCUAAUUUCAUUGCUAAUGGUAUAUUAUAUAGCAAUAUAGAACUUCAUAAGCCAUCAGAUGUUUUUUGCAUAGAACAGCCAAAAAAUAUUUCUGAAAGAGUAUGCGACGACUUGAUAUUUAUAUCGGAAAUUGCUUUACAAAUAUGUGAAAUUGCAAUAGGAGAUUGUGUUCUGGUUACUAGUGGAGACAAUACUGUCGUUAAGACUGCAUGGCCAUGUAAAAACAAAACUUUAGGUGUUUCAUUAACAAAACAUGCGAUAGAAUUAAAUAAUCUCAAAGGUCAAGUAACGGUUCAAAAAUUAAAAUGUUUGGUUAAUAUCGCUAAAGAAUUUAUAAUCAGUAAGAUUGGAAAACAUACGUUACCAGAAAUAACUACGGAAUUAAACAUAAUAUUAAAAAAUCAUAAUGAACAAAAAAUAUUUUCUGUAGGAAACAAAUUAAGUAUUCCCUUUUAUGGAAAAAAAUUAGUAUAUAAAAUAGUAAAAGUGAUAUCGGAUGAAUGUACAAACAGUGAUUUGUCUGAAUAUUUUGAACAACUAAAUGUAACAAAUCAAAUACACGACUUCAAAUUUUACAAAGCACUUUACAAUACAAAAUGGACAAUCUUAAAUGAAGAGCAAGAAAGUAAACAAAACGACACUAAACAAAUUAAAUAUAAAAUACAAGAUGUUGGGGGAUACAAUAAAAUAAUACAGGAGAUAAAAGAUGUUUUGGACUUUGGACUUGGUAGAUGUAACAAUAUUAUUAACUUUUACAUUAGUAAAGGAAUAUUGUUGUAUGGUCCGGCUGGUGUCGGCAAAUCUUUGAUUGCUAAUGCCUUGUUAUCAGAAUAUAAUGUUAAUUCUUUUACUAUAUACAGUUCGGAUAUUUACAGUAAAUCACUAGGAGAAACGGAGCAAAAAUUGAAAGAUAUUUUCAUAGAGGCUAAAGCCAAAGCUCCAAGUAUUAUUUUGAUAGAAGAACUCGAUAAUUUAUGUCCUAAAAGAAGUACUUCGAGUUCAGAUCAUGAAAGACGAGUUCUUGCGCAACUAACAGCGCUUUUUGACGAUAUACAAAAUGCUAAUGAUAACAUCGUCAUAUUAGCUACAACUUCCAAGCUAGAUUUGGUAGAUAGUUCCCUUAGAAGACCUGGUAGAAUAGAUAGGGAAUUUGAAAUUUAUGUGCCUACUCCCCUUAUGCGUGUAGAAAUACUUAAAAAAAUGCUGUUAAACAUCCCAAAUACAUUGUCUACGGACGAUGUAUUAAAUAUUGCGUUUGUAACUCAUGGAUUUGUUGGUGCCGACCUGUAUGGCCUAUGCUCGCAAGCUAUUCUGAACGCUGUAAAAAAACAACAAAAGGCUGCAACAGUACCGUGUUUAAAAGUAACAUCAUCUGAUUUCAACUGUGCUUUGAUCGUAACAAAGCCAUCAGCUAUGAAGGAAGUUCUAAUAGAAGUGCCAAACGUUCGAUGGUCCGACAUUGGAGGGCAAAAAGAUUUGAAAUUGAAAUUGAUACAAGCGGUUGAAUGGCCGUUACGCCAUCCGGAAGCAUUUAUAAGAAUGGGUAUUACUCCUCCCAAAGGUGUUCUGAUGUUUGGGCCACCAGGUUGCUCUAAAACAAUGAUCGCUAAAGCUCUGGCAACAGAGAGCAAAGUGAACUUUUUGAAUAUAAAGGGUCCAGAAUUGUUCUCAAAAUGGGUUGGUGAAUCUGAAAAAGCAGUCAGAGAAGUAUUUCGAAAAGCAAGACAAGUUUCACCUUCCAUAGUGUUUAUUGAUGAAAUAGACGCUUUGGGAGGUGAAAGAUCUUCUUCGUCCAACACCGGAAGUAACGUACAAGAACGAGUUUUAGCACAGUUAUUAACAGAGCUUGAUGGAGUUAGUGCAUUAGGGAGUGUUACUCUUGUCGCGGCGACUAAUCGCCCGGAUAAAAUUGAUAAGGCGCUACUUCGACCAGGUCGUUUAGAUCGAAUAAUAUAUGUACCAUUACCCGAUUAUGACACCAGACAAGAAAUUUUCGAUAUAAAAUUAAGAAAUAUGCCAAUUAACGAGGAUGUACGAAUUCAAGAUUUAGUUGAACUUACAGAAGGUUAUUCAGGAGCAGAAAUUCAAGCGAUAUGUCACGAAGCUGCCAUGAAAGCUCUUGAAGAAGAUUUAAAUGCUUCCAUAAUCACUAAAGAACAUUUUAAAGCGGCGUUGGCUCUAAUUAUUCCUCGAACUCCUCCGUCCUUGAUAAAUAUAUACAAUGACUACCUAAAUAAAAUAUAUUAACCAUGAAACAUUUGCUCGUGCAUAGCAAUCGAAUUUGUUUAUUCUCGGUGACAUAAUCAUUCAUUUAUCGAAAUAUUCUUUCAUUAUUGUAUAAUCAUAUUUUUGUCCAAUUACAUUUUCGGUGAUAUUUAACAAAAUUUGCAAUUGUACAAUUACAAAAAUAUAACGCUGAAAGAUGUCAGUGUUCGUAAAAUGUGAUGAACCCUCUAAUAAACCCAGAUCAAAAAGAAUGAUUGAA